GUUGAUUUAGAAACGGAAGGUUUAGUUCAACGUCGAAUCGCCACGUUGGCACAUCAAUUGUCCUGGAUUUUCGUUCGAUUUUUUCUUUCACCUGGUUGUUUCGCUUCUUCAGGAUGAAGGCUGUGUUUUUUCUUAUAUUGGUUGCCGUCGUUUCUGGGGAAAAGACGUCAAACGAGCCCGUGAAGGAGGAAGCCCACGAACCGCCGAAGAAGUACAAGCCGUUCUUUACAUUCCCGUAUCUUCCGACUUUCCAGCAUCUGCUGCCUUCCGUCUCAUUUCCGCAAUUACAUCUUCCUCAUCUUCCGGCUCUGCCGCAUCUACCUACCUUCACCAAGCUCCCGGCCCAUUUCAAAAAGGAAACAGUCACAGCGACCAAGACGGUUUACGUCGAGCUGACGAAAAGGGUAACGAGACACCCGAUAUGCGUGACGGCCUACGGCAUCCAACCGCCCUGCCUCGGGGAGUCGUAUGAAAGGGAGGUGUUGGAUGAUUUCGAAGAAAACAUGGAUCAGCUACGAAAACACCAAAUAACCCCGACUCCAGUACCGUCUAUUCAUGUACCAGCAACAAGGGUACUUGGUAGUAUAACGGAAAGUGAAGUAACUAUGGAAGAAGCGAAAGAAGUUCCGAAAAAUGAAGAAACUAACCAUAGACAAGGACGGUACAUAGUGAGACACCCGAUUCCCAUGAUGGCGAUGGAGGUCCGAAGCGAGCCCGACUACCGUCUGGUAGACAGUGAAAAAGAGAAGCUCCUCAAGGGACUUCUGAAAGCAACUCAUCAUAUAACCCAAACCAUCUGGGUCACCAAGAUCGAAAAGAUUUACGAUCACGCCGUGACUGCGACACUGGUUGCUAAAAAUUGUUUUCCAACCGACCCCAAGAUCCCGCUUUGCGGACCCAUCCACACGGAGCCGAACCGAUUCUCGGGUCCGAUCGACGACGGCGGUUACUACGGAGGCCUGUUCGCCGGCCAACCGGCCCCGGUCCCUGCCAGUCAUAUUUCUCCCCCGGUUCAUCAUGAAAUAGUGGCUGAAGAACACAGUCAUCCUGAUGACCACGGGCCAGAAGGUGAAUUGGAGCACGGAGCUCCUGUUGCCGGUAGCAUCCACGGAGGCACCGUCACCGGCGGGACUGGCGACUGGAAGGACGAAAACGCAGAAGACAAAGAAACAAAUCCAUAAUUUAC